UGUAUUUGGAGUUUAUUUGGUGUUUAUUUGGUGUGUAUUUGGAGUUUAUUUGGUGUUUAUUUGGUGUGUAUUUGGAGUUUAUUUGGAGUUUGUUUGAUAAACAUAAACACACAGAAAGUGAUGGAGCAGCACUGCGCUCGUACAGCUGGUUUUCAGAGAAAGCGAAAAAGGACAGAGGAGAUCUGUAAUGUCCAUCCAAACUCUGAUGGCCCCUCUAGCAAGAAGAGGAAAGGGACAGAGGACACCAAGCGAGAGACGUUUGCUUCUCUCUACAUUACUGGUGUUAAAAUUGGUGAAGGAGCUUUUGGAUUGGUACAUGAAGGAACACGUCGCUCUGAUGGCCUACAGGUUGCCAUUAAAUUUGUUGUGAAGCGAGACACAACUCAGUACGUCCCAUCCGCUGAUGGUUCCAAACCCAUUCCCAUGGAAGUGGCACUAAUGCAGAGGAUGAGUGAGCCCCCAGUUACCAACAUUAUAAGACUCAUCGAGUGGUUUGAUGACCCUAGGUACUACAUCCUCGUGCUGGAGCGUUUUCAGCCAUGUUUAGACCUGAAGGACUUCCUAGAUAUAUUUGGAGGUUCCUUAACUGAAGACAUGGCCAGGCACAUCAUGCCCCAGGUGGUUAAGGCAGCAGGAGAGUGCCUCAAGAGAGGAGUUCUACACAGGGACAUUAAACCUGAGAACUUCCUCAUUAACCCCAACACCUUGGAGCUAAAGUUAAUAGACUUUGGAUGUGGCGACUGGCUGAAGAAAUAUGGAUAUAAUCUUUAUUCAGGCACAUUUGAAUACGUGCCACCAGAGUUGUUCCGGAAGAGGAGGUACCAUUCAAAGACUGCAACUGUGUGGUCUUUAGGGAUCUUUCUUUUCCGGAUGCUUUGUGGGUCGUGCCCUUUUAAAAACGCCAAGGAUAUUGUGGCGGGGCUUCUGUACUUCAAGGAUGGCCUCUCUGAUGAAUGCUGCGAUCUGAUUCGCCAGUGCCUGCAGUACAUACCUGCUAAGAGGCCUACUAUUCGUGAGAUUUUAAAGCAUGAUUGGUUGCAUGACUGGUGACGAGGUCAACAAAGUUGUGAAAAGAGAAUUUUGUGGUGGCCUGCUGAUCCCAGCA